AUGAAUCCGAACGAAAAAAGACGAGAUUGCGUACCAUACAGUGCGAACCGAGAAAACGAGAUCUCCAUAAUCAGACCCUUAAAAGAUUCAUGUGAUGCAAUAAGUGACCAAAGCUGUGUUCAGAUAUCAGAGUUUUCAGACAACAGAGAGAAGGACGACAUGGGACAAAAUCUGGGUUCAAUAGGCAAUAAAAAGGAAGAUACUUUCCCAGAUACUCUAGAAGGAUUUGGAUACAAGUUUAAUGAAGAAGGAAAGCUGAGAAACAUAGAGACUGAUGAACCCUUUAAGUUUGAAGUGAAAGAGGGUGAUAGGGCAUAUAACCAAAAACAUUAUGAGGCACUAGGAGAGGUCAUCACUGAGUAUAUCUAUCAUUUACUGGAGAAUGAAGAGAAUAAACUAAAGAGAGUUACUGUUCCUGUUGAUGCCAAAGGUGAUGAAGUUAAAAGUUUCUUUUUCAUGAGUAAGAAUGCAAUGGAAAGUGACAAGCUGAUGAUCCUAAUUCACGGCAGUGGUGUGGUCAGAGCGGGACAGUGGGCAAGAAGAUUAAUCAUUAAUGAUGAUUUGGAGAGUGGAACAAUGUUGCCAUACAUCAAACGGGCCAUGCAGGAAGGUUAUGGAGUUCUUAUCACAAAUGGAAAUGAAAACUAUGUGUGGUCAAACAGAUAUAGAACAAUCAUCAGGGGCAGUGAAUCCCCAGAGAAGCACUUUUCCUAUGUAUGGGACAACUUUAUAUCAAAGGCUGUAGCUCAUACGAUAGUUGUUGUGGCCCAUAGUCAUGGAGGAAUCGUCAUUGUGGAAGGGCUUCAAAAGUGUGAAGGUAUCAUGGAAAGGGUAAAAGCCAUUGCCUUUACAGACUCAGUGCACAGUCUUUCACACCAUAGGGCAGACAAGAAACUUAGUGCAUGGAUGAAAAAGCAUGCACGUAACUGGGUCUCUUCAGACCUCCCUCUGGAUACCAUUAUAGAUUACAAAGGUGCUGAUUGUGAGCUGGUCUCAGCUGGUACAAUGAAACGUGAGGUCACUUCACAUGCAGCUUUUGAUUCAAUCUUUAAGUUCUUUGAUGAGAAGCAAUAAGCUUCAAAUCAGACUGAUAGCUCUGAAAAGCAGGGUGACACAUCAGUUGGUCAGACCCCAAUGGACAGUUGUGGAAGUCCAUCAGAUGAAGCUGAAAGCAAAUUAUAAUAAAGUUCGGAUGUAACGCGCGCUGUCAUUGGUUGACAGAGCGUGCUCUAUGAGAGUAUAGAGUAUAGUAUUUUCUACCUUGUGGAAAAAACUCGCGUGUUUUUAUGAGCCAUAAUUCGGCUGAAUUUCACGGAACAUUUCACUUCGAGAUUCUGUAUUAGAGACUUAAAAACUUCAGGCAAAAGUAUUAAAUUCGACUUGCUGAACUGUUUGUAAACUAUCGUAGAAUGUGAACUUUGUUGGUUUUUGAACUUUGAUGGUUUGACACUUUUGACAGCUUUAGUCUUGUACAGCGAACAUUUCACUUCAAGAUUCUGUAUUAGAGGCUUAAAAAACUUCAGGCAAAAGUGUUAAAUUCGACCUACCGAACUAUUUUAGUUUGUAAACAAUCGCAGAAGGUGAACUUUGAUGGUUUUUGAACUUUGAUGGUUUGACACUUUUGACAGCUUUAGUCUUGUACAGCCAAUCAGAUUAUUUGAACCAUUCUAACAGGGAUUGUGAUUGGCUUAUUGUAGUGUGCUCUAUGAGAGUAGAGAGCAUGCUGACGACACUGUUGUUCGCUUUGGAAAUAAAGUUUGUUGUGAAAAUUGAAA